UUUUUUAAUAGAGUUAAAAAUGCCAACAUUACAAUUUUAUUUAUUUACAAAAAAGUAUAAUUUAUCGAUGCAUAAUUAAAAUAAGUACUCAUUCUCUAUAUUUAAUUACCAGUAAACAAUGGAUAUCGAAACAGAAAAAGUUAUAGAAUUAGUAUUUCCUAAUGGAAUAUCUGAUUCUUGGAAAGACAAUCCAGAUUUUUAUCAAUAUUUAACAAAACUUGGUGGCUUGGAUGUUGACCAACUGAACAAAGAACCAGAUCAUUUGACAGAUGAAAAAAAUUUGGCAUUACAAAACACUCAAGAACUAGCCUAUUCAAAUUAUAAAACGUUCAUCCAGACAGCUGACAACUGUCAUGAGAUAUUCCGGGAGUUCAAUUCAAGCGAAAAUCACUUGGAUAAUUUAUUAAAAAAGAUUCCAGUGUUUGUUGAAAAGUGUCAGUCAUUUUGUGAUAAAUCCAAGGAAAUAAACACUCACAGGCGCCUGAAUGACUUGACAUUGAAGAAAAGUGCCGAGAUACUGGAGAUCUUGGAGAUGCCGCAGCUGAUGGAAACCUGCUUACGUAGCAGCCAAUACAAUGAAGCUUUGGAAUUAUCGCAAUACGCUCGACAACUAGGGUCCAAGCAUAGCGAUAUUCCCGUCGUCCAGUCAGUAGUCCAAGACAUUGAGAACAGCUGGUCCGGAAUGGUCGGCCAGGUUGUCGGAUCACUUCGUGGAGACCUACCUCUGGCCAAGUGUCUUCAGCUAGUGGGUUUGCUUCGUUCUAUGGAUGCUUUCACAGAAGCCGAGCUGCGUAUUAAAUUUUUACAAGCUCGUGACAGCUGGUUCCAAGGUCUGCUCAACGCAAUACCCAAAGAAGACUCUAAUUUUCAUCUUACUAAGACCAUCGAGCUCUCGCGUAUUCAUUUAUUCAACAUAAUUACUCAGUACAGAGCUAUGUUCAACGACGAUGAUCAUUUGAUCGUCAAUCGUGACAACGUUAUCAAUGAAGCCGCUAUUUUUCCUCACUGGCUUGAAGAAAAAUUGUCACAAUUCCUUUCGACUUUGGAGCAGGACCUACCUCAUGUUACUUCUGUUGAUUCAAUUCUGGGACAGUGCACGUACUUCGGGUUAUCUUUUGGCAGAGUCGGUGCUGAUUUUACCACUAGAAUGUCCAUGAUAUUCAUCCAAGUUAUCAGCAGCAAAUUUAUAAAAAAUGUUAAUUCGGCUACGAAGAAAUUCGAUAAAGACAUGGAGACUUUUACGUUGAUUAAUAAAAUUCAUCGUACUGAUAUUAAAGCUGAGACACAAAUUAAAUCUGAAAAUCCACCAGAUCAACUAGUAAACUUUUAUCCACUAGCCGAGUACUGCAAUGGAUUAAUUUCAACUUUCAAUGAAUUGAGAUUGUGCUCGCCGGUAGCUUUAUCCGAAUUCUGUACUUCUGCAAUCGAAGAAUCGUUACUGAGUGUCGCAAGAGGAAUCUUAGUAUUUUAUAAACAAGAACAACAGGCUUUUGCUACUACUGAAAGAGAAAAUAUGAUCAAGUUUGUUGAAUGCUUCAGUGAUCAACUGAUUCCAUAUGUUCAGUUUUGUUUGCACGCUAUUUUUCCGCCAGUUCAAGUGGCGGCUCAUUUGGGAAUAACUGUCAAUCAUUUACAGAAAGAGGGAAUAACGUAUUUAGAGCGUAAAAAAAUUAUCGAACCACUAGUUUCGUUGUUGCCUAUAAAAAGUAUUGUACAAGAUUCAUUAGUCCCAAUAACUUUGGCAGAACCUUUGAGUCAAAACUCUAGUCCAUCGACGACAGCAUCAUCAUCAUUAUCAGUUGAAAAAAUUCCUGAGACAACUGAGAUGACUAAUGAAAAAGAAUCUAAAGCUGAAGUUGAAUACGUGACGAAUGAAACUCAAGAUCAAGAUAAUAAAUUACAAAAAAAUGAAAAAGAAUAAAAUUAAAAAUUAAUUUUUUAACUGUAAAUAAAUAUUCAUGUACUGUUCACAUUUUACAAAUAUAAUAUGAAUUUAUAAUUAAAUUAAAAUUAUU